AUGCAUCCACAAACCCGUUCGAGCUAUGAAGUACGGAGGAGCAUCAUGCCUCAGUUCAUAAGACGGUUUUUGUACAGAAAUCCGAAAUUUAUUUUCUACUUCGCCGUCGGCGGCACCGCUGUUUUGUACAUGAUCCCUUCGUUGAAGGGUUAUUACUAUUAUUUUACGCUAAGCAAAGAAGAUUACGAAAACUACUACGAACGGGAGUCACUGAAAUCUAUGAACCGAGCUCGAUUCGGUGAAGGGUUGAUCAUUCCUUUCUUCGAUUCUACAUUUAACCUUUUCUCAAGAGAAGUCGUUGAGAAAAAGAAGAAGGAGUUGGAAAAGUACGAAGUGAGUCACAAAUAA